AGCGCUGCCGCCCCCGCCUCCCCCCUCGGCGCCUGUGGCCCGGCCGCGGCCGUGCCCUCCUGGUCCCCUCACCCUCACACACACAGGCCGGGCAUUGAUGGUAAUGUAUGCGAGGAAACAGCAGAGACUCAGUGAUGGCUGUCACGACCGCAGGGGGGACUCGCAGCCCUACCAGGCUCUUAAGUACUCAUCCAAGAGUCAUCCCAGUGGUGGUGAUCACCGUCAUGACAAGAUGCGAGACACCACAGAUCCCUCACCACCAAACAAAAUGCUGCGGCGCUCUGACAGCCCUGAAAACAAAUACGGUGACAACACAGGGCACAGUAAAGCAAAAAGUGUGCAUACUCACAGAGUUAGAGAGAGGGAUGGUGGGACCAGUUACUCUCCACAAGAAAAUUCACACAACCACAGUGCUCUUCAUAGUUCAAAUUCCCAUUCUUCUAAUCCCAGCAAUAAUCCAAGCAAAACUUCUGAUGCAGCUUAUGAUUCUGCGGAUGAUUGGUCUGAACACAUCAGCUCUUCAGGCAAAAAAUACUACUACAACUGCCGAACAGAAGUUUCACAGUGGGAAAAACCAAAAGAGUGGCUGGAAAGAGAGCAGAGACAAAAAGAAGCAAGCAAAAUGUCAGUUAACAGUUUUCCAAAAGAUAGGGAUUACAGAAGAGAGGUGAUGCAGGCGACAGCUGCCAGUGGGUUUGCCAGUGGAAUGGAAGACAAGCAUUCCAGUGACACCAGCAGUAUGCUCCCACAGAAUAUUUUAUCUCAAACGAGCAGGCACAAUGACAGAGACUACAGACUGCCAAGAGCAGAGACUCACAGUAGUUCUACUCCAGUACAGCAUCCCAUCAAAACAGUGGUUCAUCCAACUGCUACGCCAAGCACUGUUCCUCCUAGUCCGUUUUCUCUACAAUCUGAUCACCAGCCAAAGAAAUCCUUUGAUGCUAAUGGAGCAUCUACUUUAUCAAAACUGUCUACAUCCGCAUCUUCCAUCCCUGCACAGAAAACAGAGAGAAAAGAGUCUGCAUCUGUGGACAAGUCUGUAUCCCAUUCUUGCACAACUCCUUCUACAUCUUCUGCUUCUGGACUGAAUCCAACUUCUGCGCCUGCUUCAUCUGCUCCUACAGUUCCUGUUUCACCUAUCCCACAAUCACCAAUUCCUCCAUUACUUCAGGACCCAAAUCUCCUUCGACAGCUGCUGCCUGCUCUGCAAGCCACCUUGCAGCUUAAUAAUUCUAGCGUAGAUAUAUCCAAAAUCAAUGAAGUUCUAACAGCAGCUGUGACACAAGCCUCUCUGCAGUCUAUACUCCAUAAAAUUCUUACUGCUGGACCAUCUGCUUUCAAUAUCACGUCCUUAAUUUCUCAAGCUGCACAACUGUCUACGCAAGCUCAGCCAUCUAAUCAGUCUCCAAUGUCUUUAACAUCUGAUGCCUCAUCACCAAGAUCAUAUGUGUCUCCAAGGAUAAGCACGCCACAGACUAACACUGUUCCACUGAAACCUUUGAUGACUACGCCACCAGUAUCAUCCCAGCAGAAGGUUGCUACUCCAGGUGUUAAACAAGGACCAGCUUCCCAGGCAGCACCUCAGCAGCCAGUAAUAGCUGACAAGCAGGCAGGACAUGAACCUGCCUCUCCACGAAGUCUUCAGCGUUCAAGUAGUCAAAGAAGUCCAUCACCAGGUCCAAAUCAUACCUCUAGCAGUAGUGCAUCAAACUCAACACCUGCACCACAGAAUACAUCUGUACGACCCACAUGUUCAUUAACACCUACGCUAGCAGCACACUUCAAUGAGAACCUUAUAAAGCAUGUUCAAGGCUGGCCUGCAGAUCACGCAGAAAAGCAGGCAUCAAGAUUACGUGAGGAAGCCCAUAACAUGGGAAGUGUGCAUAUGUCAGAAAUUUGUACUGAAUUAAAGAAUUUAAGGUCUUUAGUUCGAGUAUGUGAAAUUCAAGCAACUUUGCGUGAGCAAAGGAUACUAUUUUUGAGGCAACAAAUUAAAGAACUUGAAAAGCUAAAGAAUCAGAAUUCCUUCAUGGUGUGAAAAAUUGUAAACAAUUGCACAUGGUUUUGAGUACAGGAACUAUUAAACUGAUGCCCAGUCUUAACACUU